GUAGACCUUAACGUUUAAACUUAAUCCGACUGAAAUGAAAACAAAUCUAAUAAUUUGUGAAAGGAGCUAAAUGAAGAGAAAUGUCGGAUAAUAAUGGCAGUUCGUGAAGUAAAAGUUUGUUUACUAGGGGAUUCGGGAGUUGGGAAGUCCAGUAUUGUAUUGAGGUUUGUCAAUGAUUCAUUCAAGCCAGCAUUGGAGAGCACAAUAGGUGCUUCCUUCAUGACUAAGAGGGUAGAGGUGUAUGAUGUAUCAUACCAAUUCCAGAUAUGGGACACGGCAGGUCAAGAAAAGUAUAGAUCUUUGGCACCUAUGUAUUACAGAGGAGCAGCUGCUGCCAUAAUUGUGUAUGACAUCACAAGGGAGGCCACCUUUAGAACUGUAAAGGACUGGGUGAGGGAGUUAAAAAGAAAUGGCACACCAGAUAUGGUGAUAGCUAUUGCAGGAAACAAAUGUGACCUUAGUGACCUGAGGGAGGUCAGAUAUCGUGAUGCUGAAGAGUAUGCUCGGUCCAUAGGAGCCCUAUUUAUUGAGACAAGUGCUUUAUCAGCAGUUAAUGUACCACAGCUGUUUACUGCAAUAGCUGACGGACUUCCUCCUGAGGACCCAGUGUCCGCUCGACCAGGAAAUACUAUACACCUACGUCACCAGGACAAAAACCAAGAGACAAAAUCCUCCUGCUGUGGAUCCAAGAAGCCAAGAUGACGAAGUGAUCUUUAGAGAAAUACCUCUUACGUAUCAUGAAAUGUUUAUAAAAGUGUUUAUACUGGAAUCAUGAAGAUUUUUAAUGUAUGAAAUCUCGUACAAUCGAAAGCAUUUUAGGCAUAAUGUGAAGUAUUAUUUCUAAUAGAGUUUGGAACACAUUGAAUGUGUACUACUACUAGUGUAUGAAGACAUACAUUGUAUUAACUCAGUUGAUAUAGUUAUUAAGAAGUCCUUUUUCACAUGAUCAGAAUUGCAUUGCUGCAUGAUUUUUUUUGGGGGUGACUAUUCAGAUUAGUUUACAAUUUUAUCAUCAGUACUUUUGAUAAAAGUCUCUUUAGAGGCUUACAUGUACUUAUUUGAUGUUUAAUUCAAAACUGAGUUAUUCUGGGAUUUAAUUAUCUGAUUAUAUAACUAUUAUAAAAAGUUUCAUAUAUUUAACCAGAUUAAAAACUUCUUUUGAAUAACUAUCCUUUUUUCAAGCAAAUGUCCCCCCCCCCCCUUUCAUGCAAUGGUUCUUUUCUGUUUGGAACAAAUAUAAAUAAUUUUGGGUUUAUUUUUUCAAACCAUAAAUUGCAAGUUUUAAAUUCUAAUGUCUUCCAUUUUCUCUUGUUGUGUGCAUAUCUGUUUGUUUUAAAUAUGUACAUAUAGGUUGGCUAAAUCUGUUUUUGGAAAACAACUUGAUGUUUUAAAUUUGAUAAUCUCUCAAAAAUCAGUGUAGAAAUGGCAUUAUUUUUAAUUAAUUGACUUUCUGUGGUUCCUCUUUCAGAAAGACUUUCCUUAAUCACUAAAUCAGAAAAAAAUUAUUUUAACUUUCUUAAUUAACUGCUCUUAUAGCUAUUCCUGUAAUGGAUGGAAGUGGUACAUGUACUAAAGAGAAAUUGUAAACAUUGUAUUUCUUGUAAGAUGCCAGUAAAUGCAGUAUACUGUAUAGAAAAGGAUAAUUAACUAUUUCUUUCUAUAAAUGACCGUUAUUAAACUUCUGUGAAACAGAGGAGGGAAAUGCAGGGUUUUUAUAUAUUCUGCAAUUAGUAUUGCUAUUUAUUAUCAGACAUUCCACUGACCUGCCUAAAUUGGUUAUGUUUUUAAAAAUGUUUUUAUAUGUUGUACUUUUAUUAUAAACCUUUAAAAAUAAACCAACAUGAAGUUUUGA